GAACGGAUGAAUAGAAAUGUAUGUUAUCUGUAUGCCGAUGGUGUGUCGAUUCAGACUCAGACAUGCUGUUUGAGUUGUCAUAGUUAUCUUUAUUAACGCUUGUUCAAUUCUCCUUCCCUGUUUCCUUCCUUGUUUCCUUCCUUCCUCRCUUCAGACUUUCGACAAGUGUUUCCUGGGUUCGUCAGAGACGGCGGACGCCACCCGCGUGUUCUGUGGUCAGAUGGGGGCGGUGUAUCUGUUCGGCGAGGCCCUCAGUGCAGCCCAGAUCCUGGCCAUCUACCAGCUGGGGCCUGGUUACAAGGGCACGUUCAAGUACAAGGCUGAGAGCGACCUCCUGUUUGCUGAGCACCACAAGACCCUACUGUACGACGGCAAGCUGUCCUCCUGCAUCUCCUUCUCCUACAACCCCCGUGCCACCGACGCUCAGCUGUGCCUGGAGUCCUCCCCCAAGGACAACGCCUCCAUCUUCGUCCACUCGCCACACGCACUCAUGCUGCAGGAUGUGAAGGCUGUGGUGACCCACUCGGUCCAGAUUGCCAUCCACUCCAUCGGGGAGUGCAGGUCCUCUUCCCCCUGUUGCACAGCUGCGUCACCUCCAGCACACCAGCGAUGA